GACCUGCGAUGUCCCAACCAUUCACCAAAUGCGACAAAUGUUUUGCCAAUAUCACUGAAAAUAUACCGUAACAAAAAUAUUAUCCUCAGAAAAAGCAAACAUUCAUUCAAGCUAGGAAAUGAUAAAACGCUCGUCUCAAAGAGAACCGGCAGGGGUAUUACGUAACUUGAAAAGUGACAUUAUGUCGGCUUUUUUGAGAUUAUGUAGGUUUUUUAUGACAUUAUGUAGGUUUGUCUACUUAACUUGGAACUAGCUGUCGUUCACUUCAUGUUCAUUUGUAGCAAACGCAGAAUGAACUAUUUACACACUAGCCUACUUGAAUUGACAUUUUAUCGUGUUUUUUGACACUGUAUAGGUUUUUUACGUAAUAACGUGUCUUGAAAAGUGAUACUAUGUCGGUUUUUUGACAUUAUAUAGGUUUUUUGUGACAUCAUGCAGGUUUUCCAAUACGACGUCUACUUGGAACUAGUUGUAGAUGAGUCUGUUGUUUAUUUAAUGUGCACCCGUUGUGUAGCUGAUGUUCUUUUUGCCUAAACGUCAUGACGCUGGUUUAGUUCUGAUGUGACGUAACAUCUGCUUCAGAGAUGCAUUAUUGGAGGUGUAAGCUGUAAAUAGUAUAACUACAGCUAGAAGAAAACGGGCGCUACGGCAGUGCAUAGGUGCUUAGAGGAUUUGUGUGCCAAUAAUAAUCUAUGUUAAUAUUAAUUCUUGUCUCAAAUAUACUUACCUGAGAUGUCAUAUCAUAGAACUUAUAUACUUAUAUACCUAUGCAAAUUUGCUACAUUACAAAAAUGAGAGAGAUAAAAAAAGAAAAUCCCUGGUUGGUGAAGUAUACUGCGAAAAAGUUUUGUGUGUGAUGCGUCAUUUCUAUUUUUUCUGUCAUGGCCUAAUUGCACCCAACGCGGGUGCGGUGGUGAUUGAAGUAAUGAUUUUCAAUGUCUUUGAAAACGCAAAAAACCGAGAAAAGCGUAAUUUAUAACUUUGAACAGGACGUCUUUUCAGAAAGUACGACAUAAAUAGCCUGGCUGGUACAGCUAAUAGAUGUACUUCAUGUCCAGCAUAUUCAGUAGAGGAGAAGGUGUAAAUAUGGAAUAUGGUAUAAUUUUGGAAUACCAAGGUUUUGAAAAAACCAAUAAGUCAUUAUUUAAGCGUAGUUUUUUUUAUUACAUGAUUUUAUUUAAAUAUUCUGUACGUUGACAGUCUACAUGAACUAAAGUUUAAGAUGCCGUUGUGUCUGUUGAAGUUUUUGUUUUGAUAGAUUAGAUAUAACCUCCAAUAUUGAAAACGUAUAGUGUUGGUAAUAUGGAAUACUG